AUGCCAGAGGUUCACAAAACUCAGUUCACACGUGGAGCUUCAGUGGAAAGAGUUGGGGCUAUCGGAACUACAGCCGUGCCGGAGUCACAUCACGCCACGGUCACGUCGACAGCGGUUGAGAAUGCUGCUAUCCAGCAUUUUAGUGCCUAUCACGGACAUGUCACGACAACGAUGCAAAUGUCGCCGUACAAGUUCGACCACGGUUCAACGCUGCCACAACCCGAAUGGGUUCAUGUGGCUCCUUGUCCCGAUGUGUAUCGUGGUGAGUACCGGUUGGCAGACAGCGAGCUGAACAACCCGGAAAAGCUUGAGAAAGCUGGAAUCUAUUACUCUGACGCUGUCAACAAUCUUAUUCAAAAGGCUGAGUCCAACGGACGAACCGUAGCCGCCUACUUUGCCGAAGCUCUUCAGUCCUGUGGUGGGCAGGUUAUUCCACCACCUGGCUAUUUCUCCGAUGUAGCAAGGCAUGUGCGAAAUCAUGGUGGUGUUGUGGUCAUCGACGAAGUUCAAACUGGAUUCGGUCGGGUCGGAUCCAAAUUCUGGGCACAUCAACUAUUCGAUGACGGUUUCUGCCCUGACAUUGUGACUAUGGGUAAACCAAUGGGUAACGGUUUCCCAGUGUCCGCAGUGGCGACGACGAGGAAAAUCGCCGAUGCGUUGGGUGGAAACGUUGGAUACUUCAAUACGUACGGAGGAAACCCUGUAGCGUGCGCAGCAGUUUUGGGUGUGAUGCGAGUAAUUCGAGAAGAGAAACUCUUGGAACACAGCCAACAAAUGGGAGAGGAAUUCGAGAAACAGUUGAAUCAGCUCAAGAAGAAGUAUCAAUGUAUAGGGGAUGUUAGGUAA